UGGGCGCGGCGUCAACCAAUGGCAAGCGGCGUUGCUCAUCGGCUGGGAGACCCAGUGGUGAUCAUGGCGUCCGGCCUGGAGCAGUUCGUGAACAACGUUCGGCAGCUCUCGUCGCAGGGCCAGAUGACGCAGCUCUGCGACCUCAUCAACAAGAGCGUGGAGCUGCUGGCCAAGAAUGUGACGCACCUGGACACCGUGCUGGGCGCGCUCGACGUUCAAGAGCACUCCCUCGGCGUUCUCGCCGUGCUGUAUGUCAAGAUCUCUAUGCCCAACGUACCGGACUUUGAGACGCUCUUCUCUCAAGUCCAGCUCUUUAUCGGUGCCUGCAAUGGGGAGCAUAUUCGCUUCGCGACAGACAGCUUUGCUGGCCUCUGUCACAUGCUCACAAACGCACUGGUAGAACGAAAGCAGGCACUCCGUGGCAUCAGUAUCCUCAGGCAGGCCAUAGACAAAAUGCAGAUGAGCGCAACGCAGCUGACGUCCAUCCACGCUGACCUGUGCCAGCUGUGCCUGUUGGCCAAGUGCUUCAAGCCAGCGCUGCCAUACUUGGACACAGACAUGAUGGACAUUUGCAAGGAAAAUGGAGCCUUUGACGCGAAGCACUUCCUCUGCUAUUACUACUAUGGCGGAAUGAUUUACACGGGCCUCAAGAACUUUGAUCGAGCACUUUACUUCUACGAGCAGGCGAUUACUACCCCGGCGAUGGCUGUCAGUCACAUCAUGCUGGAGUCAUACAAGAAGUACAUCGUGGUGUCACUCAUCCUGCAUGGCAAGGUGCUGGCGUUGCCCAAGUACACGUCGCAGAUUGUCGGGCGGUUCAUCAAGCCGCUGAGCAGCGCGUACCACGAGCUGGCGCAGGCCUACGCCACCAACAACCCGUCCGAGCUGCGCGGCACCGUGGCCAAGCACAGCGAGACCUUCGCUAACGACAGCAACAUGGGCUUGGUGAAGCAGUGCGUGUGCUCCCUCUACAAGAAGAACAUCCAGCGGCUCACCAAGACCUUUCUAACUCUCUCUCUGCAAGACAUGGCCAAUAGGGUGCAGUUGUCUGGCCCCCGGGAAGCAGAGAAGUACGUCCUGCACAUGAUCGAGGAUGGGGAAAUCUUUGCCAGCAUUAAUCAAAAGGACGGGAUGGUGUGUUUUCACGACAAUCCAGAGAAAUACAACAACCCUGCCAUGCUGCUCUACAUCGAUCAAGAGAUGCAGAAGGUGAUCGAGCUGGACGAGAAGCUGAGGGCGAUGGACCAGGAGAUCACCAUCAACCCCCAGUUCGUGCAGAAGAGCAUGGGCUCCCAGGAUGAGGACGUAGGGAAGUCCACCAGCUACUCCUGAGAGGCGAGCCGCGUGGGUCGCCCAGCGGCGGGAGAGGGCUCGCUGCUGGCAGGCAGGCUUCACGCCUGUGCCCAAUCGGCACCUGACUGCCACUCCACCACUGGGGGCUACCACCACCAGCAGCAGCAGCAGCAGCAAUAGUAGCACGACUCAUGUCAGCAGCACCGCUGCGGUCGUCACCGCCAUUGACGACGCCUACACACCCACCUCGCUUAUGUCCCCAUGCCCAUCAGCGACAGCUGAUGACGCUACCACCCACUGGAAAUCUGCAUUGGCACGAGGUUCGUUAAACAACAACGCUUUGUUAUAUUUUUUUUUAUUUGAAGCAACCAUGAAUGAUUGGAUACAGGACAAAUUGUACAUUUUGUUGUUUGAAUGAAUAUAUGCAAUGGAGGAAAUUGUGUCGUUUGAUCCAAAUAUGAUUGGCGUUUUGAUAAAAUGAUAACAUUGUAAUUGUUGCAUCUGCAGAUUUCUUAUUGUCCUGUUAAUGGCCAAGCCGCAGCUCCUCGUAUCAUAAUGGACAUGAAUCUGUAAAAAUAAUAUCUGAAAGAAAAAACAAAAACCCCAAAACCAAUUCAUUACACACCAUUGCAAGGAAUACGUCUCGAACAAUAUAUUUUAAAACAUUUGUGAAUUAACAUUUAAGACGCCUUAACAUUUACUUGUAGAUUUUCAUCUGGUGAUAUGAAACGCCGGUGUUUGGUACAAUUUUGGCUUGCCAUAUCGGCGCCGUUUCAGAGCCCAGGUGUGUGGUGCUGGCUUCUACCACCCCGCGCCCGUGAUGCACCAUCACCACCUCCCGUGAUGCACCAUCACCACCUCCCGUGAUGCGCCAUCGCCACCUCCCGUGAUGCACCAUUACCACCUCCCGUGAUGCACCAUCGCCACCUCCCAUGAUGCACCAUCACCACCUCCCGUGAUGCACCAUCACCACCUCCCGUGAUGCACCAUCACCACCUCCCGUGAUGCACCAUCGCCACCUCCCGUGAUGCACCAUUACCACCUCCCAUGAUGCACCAUCACCACCUCCCGUGAUGCACCAUCGCCACCUCCCGUGAUGCACCAUCACCACCUCCCGUGAUGCACCAUCACCACCUCCCGUGAUGCACCAUCGCCACCUCCCAUGAUGCACCAUCAUUACCUCCCGUGAUGCACCAUCGCCACCUCCCGUGAUGCACCAUCACCACCUCCCGUGAUGCACCAUUACCACAUCCCUCAGCUUUGCCUCCCCCCUCCACACACACAGACCAGUCCACGCUUGUGGACGAAAUGGUCACAGCCACUCGCUGCGUUGCCAGAUCGGAAGUCUUCCCGAAAUAUUUUGCAGGUUGCACGUUCACGUUCGAGCAAAUGUGGAGGUUCUCAAUGGGAGAGGAGAGUUUCUAGGAUACAGGCGGUCCCUGCUUUUACGACGUCACAACUCGGUCCUGGAAACGUCGUCAUUGUGAACUUGACCCAUUGUUCCCCGUAAACGAUCGAAACGGUAGGAACACAACUUGCCGAUGGUUUUUUUUCGUUUUACUAGCCGGAAAUCAGACUGACUCUGUUCAAAUACGUUCGGAGUCGUGUCGGAAGAUGCGUCGCAAAUGUAGUUUAUGGUGGCGUUAUAUAAACGUCAUGAAUGUGGAUCGUCGUAACCUGGACACCGCCUGUAUUUAGCGAGGUAACACCAAUGGGCAAGUGCCUUGAUCCCCUGCUUCCCAAGCGAAGCUUUGCAUGUGUGGCUCUUAAUAUUGCCUCUUCUUGCGAGUUCUUGGGCAUGGUGAAAUUUUAAUUCAUAAAACUAAAUAUAAACUUCCCUCUACCACCGAUUCUGCCAGCCUUAAUUUACUAAUCUAAAUUAUCUUAUUGUUUUAAAAUUUCAAUAUCACCACCCCCCAGGAGGUUUGUGUUGUAUAUGAGAUGUGGGAGCGUUUGACGAUUUGAGCUGUCGACGGUGUUCGGUUUUAAAGCUACAAGUCACUUUUUUCCUCCUUCCCUAAGGCAUCCGAGUAUUCGAGAACUGUUUUUUUUUUGCUGUGAGAAGCUUUGUGCUUGGAAACACCGAGCCACAACAGAACCAGGAUCGGACCAACGGUGAAUGGAAAGCCGAUUUCCAUCAAAAUGUUGGAACCUAAAUUGGUCUUGAUUGGUAAACGUAAAAAAAUGAUCGCUGUGCUUUAUAUCUGCUUGCAAAUUAAGGCUGUGGGUUUUAAACACAAAAGUCGAGUUUGAAAAAAAAACAGACCACACCAUGUGGCAUGCCAGAAAAUGUAAUUGUUCUAUAUUGCCACAAUACUGCGACUGCGUUGUUCCUAAUGUCCUGGCGCCUUCAACGUUUUGUGUCUGAUGUGGCAACAUCAUUCAAACCUCCUCGCACGAUAUGAACUCUGUACCAGUGCUGGCCAAAAACCUCGUGGGAUCCCAGUGAUCUGCUGUGGAUCCACUCAAAAAUACACAACAGCCAUCGUCUUGCGCCCCCUAUUGACUGGAGAAGUGAUUUUAAGUUGAGUUGGGAGAGAAAGCAUCGUCACCACCAGUGGAAAAAUGAGAAGGCCAGAAUAAGAGAUGCUUUAAGCCAUCUUUGUUUCCCGCAACACAGGACCUCUGUAUGUUGCCUGUCGGGACGUGAGCAUCUCCGAAUGUUGUUGUUCAAGGACGGUGACUCGUGACUUGACCGCUGUUGAUGCAUUGCGUGGUGUUGCAGGCUGCCGAACGGCACAGGUCGAUCAGCUUGAUUGAUGCUUUGGUAACUUACCCUCUGUGUCCACUCAUCUUCUACAGGCACUCGUGUGUGUGUGUGUGUCUAUACGUGGAAACCAUAGACUGUGUACUUGUUACAACUCUAUGUAUGUUGCACUUGUUUGCACCGUGUGUAGCCAACUGCUGAUUGGAGGUGUGGGGGGGGGAGAGGACAAUAAACGAAACAGAAAAAGCGGUUCUAAAGAAAUUCGUUUUCAAUGUGGAUUUAAAAGUGCAUAGCUCCAGUGGCUUAAUAUCGGAAGUAAGAGCGUUCCAGACGGCCGCAGAAGCGCAUCUGAAAGCGUGCGGUUCAGUGACCGUCUUUGUUCGAUGGUUAUCCAAAAGCCACUGCAAGGAUGACCGGAGUUUGCGUGAUGAUUUAGUCUUCUUGACGAGAUCAGCGAGGUCUCGUGGUUCAUUUCUGGCAAGCACUUUGUGUGUAAUGAGAGUGUUCUUAUAACUCUGGCACUAUACUCAACCAAUGCCGAAUCUUUCAAUACCUUCAAAGGCUUAAAUGUUUAUAUAUCAUACCUAACCGUGGCAGUACACAGUUCUAAGUAUUGGGCAGACAUCGGGCCUCCAACGACUCUUUAACAAUUCGACAGCGCGUUUAUAAAUCGCAAGCAACUUCCACCUUAAAAGUCUACUCUCAUUGACUUCAAAGAGCAUGUAAAAUGCAGUGUUUUGAAAUACACGAACGUGUAGACACGAAUUGCACUCUCGGGGUAGACGCGGGCAUUCUGGAAGACCUGAGCCGGGGUGUGGCUCCCAGUGGAGUUGUAGUUGGUCCGUCUCCUUCCACGGCGACAUUCUGCCCAGCAACUUCACAUCGCGGCCCUGCAGUGCCUGCUUCGCACCUUGUCCGACUCUCAACUUUCCACAGCCCAGCUUCCCCAGCUUCCCAGCGCUAUCUACGCAUGUUCAUGUCAAUUGCAUACCACGCACACACGCGGCACGUCACGUCGAAGGGUGGGACGCUGGCUCGGAGGGUGUUUGGUGGCGCAGGGGAAUUUGUUUUAUUUAAUUUUGCAUUCAUAAACUGCCAGGAAAGGCAGAUAACUUUCGAGUGUGUACUGUUGACCGUGAGGUCUUCAAUAAAAUUAUCGACAUGCA